GUUGUGCUGCCGGAAGUCCCUGACGCUGUGGAAGGACGUGGUGUUACCUCAGCGGUCGUGGUCCCAUAGACCGAAGCAGUGCUCCCCGAAGUCGAUGGCCCAGACAGACUUGACGACGUUGAGACCACAGACGGCACAGAGCUAGUCUCGGACCCUGCAGAGCCACUAGCGAGGCUGCCGGAUGAGGUUUGAGUAUCUCGAGAGCUGGAAGGAAAGGAAUAGCCGCCGCUAAAGCCCUCGCUUGUGCUGCUAUAGGCUCCCGAGGUUUCAGAGGUCACGGCGCUCAGAGACGAAGUGCCGAGAGCACUGCUCGAUGGAGGAGGCCCGUAUCCUGUCUGAGUUAGUCAUUGAGAGGCGUGCGACGGGUCUCGAGGCGCUGAGUAAAAACAGUAUCUCACCCCCAUAUGUGGAAGACACCGACUCGACCGAGGAGGAGGACGACGACGACGAUGAAGAAGAAGGUAAAAUAAAAGAAAAAGAAGCAUAAUAUGGAGACGAAGAGGCGAACGAAGAGGGUGAGGUUGUGGUGGUGGCGGUGGUGGUGGCGGCAACGGCAGAGGAAGUCGUCGUCUCUGAGUGAGGAGGAGGCUGGUAUCCGUAUGGCGGAUUGGACUGGUGCUCCGACGCCCUCGGUUCAAUCUUCCGAAAAGGCACAC